UUUCAAGUGGACUAGCAAAAUAAGUAACAAUGAAGAAGAAGAUGGCAAAUCAAAAGAUAGAGAAAAGGGUGAAAGGAGUAACAGUAGGAAAAUGCAUGGUUUGGCACUGGUGUUGAGGCUAAGAUCAUUAUUUGGGAAAACUCACAUCAAAGAGUGAUGAUAGGAACCCUAUUUGGCAACAAGCGCGGCCACGUUCACUUGUCUUUCCAAAAGGAUCCCAAAUCUGACCCUACGUUGCUCAUCCAACUCGCUACACCAAUUACAGGAUUGGUUCGGGAAAUGGGAUGCGGGACCAUACGGAUCACGCUAGAGAGCGAGAAGAGAGAGAAGAAGAGCGAUCUCGCAUUAGUAGAAGAGCGGGUUUGGCGAACUUACUACAAUGGAGUGAAGUGCGGAACAGCGACGAGGAUGGAAUUCGGCGACAAGGAGUGGAAGAUAUUGAAGGCGGUGGAGCCAAUAUCGAUGGGAGCCGGAGUUCUGCCUGCGGUGGCGGCGGCAGCGGACGGAGACGAGGAAGAGGUGAUAUACAUGAGGUCCAAGUUUGAGAGGGUGGUUGGCUCUUUGGAUUCUGAGGCUUUUUACAUGCUAAACCCAGACAACAAUGGCACUGCUCCUCCUGAACUCAGCAUCUAUUUACUUAGAAUGUAAUUAGAUCAUGAUCAACAAAUGUACUUCUGAUUUAUUAUUAAUUCAACUUCAAUGUUAAUUCUG